AUGGCCAAAAUUGUUCUAGCAGGCCGCUCCGACUGUCCGUACUUCGCCAGGUGUGAACGCCUUGGCGACCGCCUUGCCAAGAACCUGCAGAAGUUUAAGCUGCAUAAGAUCAUUAUACAGCCUCAUGAAUGGGAGAAAUGGCUGCAAGACACAUGCACAGAGAGAGGCUGGUCAUUCAACAAGUCACCAAUCAUCUGGAGAGAGCUGAUUGACCGGGGAGGUAAAGGCGUCUUGAUCGGGGACGCCAAUGACUUCCAGGAAUAUGCCAAAGCAUACUACGAUGUAGAAGUGGAGAUGGACAGCUCAGAUAUGCUAAUGAUUGCCGAAGAGAAUCGAGCCACCAAAAUUAUCACCGAUCAAGAGGAGCUGGAUUUUAAAGCUCUCAGCCAUCCCAUAAAUGUGUGUCUAACCAACGCAGUCAGCCCAAUAUGCUAUCACCUGUUGAAUAGCUUAACAUCUGGCCAGAUUUUUGGCAAGAACAUUGAAGUUUUCAUCCGCCUCUUGGUAUCAUCUCCCAAAGAUAUUGACAAAGUCAAAGGUUAUGUCAUGGAAGCUGAAGAUCUGGCUCAUGGACUACUGGCAGGUAUUUCUAUAUGUACCAGCCCACAUGAGGCAUUUGAGGAUUGCACUGCUGUAAUUUUAUUGGACAGUAUAAAUAAACUUACAUCUGAGUCACAUAAGGACUGGUUAGAGAGGAUUACUGCAUUCUUCGGGAGGUAUGCCUUGAUCAUCAACCAUAAAGCAUUGAAAAACUGUAAGAUAUUGCUUUGUGGCAGUGGUCCUUUGAACAUCAUCGCCAUAGAAAUGGCAAAGAAUGCACCAGGCAUUUCUCAGCGUAACAUUAUGGGUCUAACAACCAUCAUCGAGAACCAGGCCAAAUCUGUUGUUGGAGAGAGGCUGGGGGUAAAUCCUGCAGACAUUGUCAACUUGAUUGUUUGGGGUAACAUCAAAGAGCACCAGCUGCUAGAUCUGGAUUACUGCCGUACCUACAGAUACAAAUGUUCUGUUCUUGGCCCACCUUGGUAUGACUAG